GGAUAGUACGAACGCGAUGGAGGCUGCAAUGAGAGUUUCGUCUCGAAAAACUGUUCUCUUAUUUGGAAUUAUCAAUUUGCUUCUUCCAAAUGGGGCAUUUUCAAAUAAAACCUCUAUGUUUCCGCAAGAUUUUCCCAAUCAGCCGUGUGAUCUAGCUAAUGGUAAGGAAGGUGUGUGCGUAUAUGGAUAUCUCUGUCAUGAUAGCAUAAUUAACAUCGAUGGAAAUGGCGUAAUUGAUUUGCGAUUCUCGGAUGUCUGUGAAGAUUAUUUCUUGAAGUGCUGUUCAAAGGAAACGCCAUGUUUGGAAAAUACAGGAACAUGUGUUCCAGCUAGUAAUUGUGGUGCCAACCUGGAUGAGCACAAUAACAAGAAAUUCAAACAAACCGAUGAAUGUGAUUGGAGUGGUUACAAAUGUUGUCCAAACGACAAAAUUGGAAAGAGUAAAGAGUCAAACCAAACUGAUAAGGAAAGAUGCGAUUUGGAUAGUCUUUGCGUACCACACGAUCAAUGUAAAGUAAAUCCCGAUGGUGACGGUUUAUUGGAAUCUAGAUCAUCAGAUUGUAGUUCUCCUGGAUACACGUGUUGUCCUGAAAGCAUGAUUAAGGCGCCAUCGACAGUAUCUAGUGACGUUCAGAUCAAUUCAAUCGAACAGUACGAAGCAUGCGAUGAUCACACUGUUUGUGUAUCAGAUGAUCAAUGUUUGGUUAAACCUGACGGUGUUAAUAUAAUACAAAAGCGGGUAUCGGUUUGUAGUGGAAGGAAUCAGACCUGCUGUCCCAGGGACAAAGUAAAGGGUACUGAUCCAUGCAGUGAAGUUGGUGGUACUUGCAUACAGGGGAAUUCAUGUCCAAAUUCUUCUUCUUUGCAAAUGGAUUUAAGAAUUUCGCAAUGCGAAGAAUCAGGAUAUGUAUGCUGCAUGCAAGAUUCAACAGAUGGGAGAGAUCAAUUCAUUAACAAGACAUGUUCUGGAGGAAGCGGAAAAUGUACUCCAAAAAAGCAGUGUAGGGGAACUACAUACAGAGACCGAAAUAAGGAAUGUGGAGGUCUAGCAUGUUGUGCAACGCUUCCAACUACAACUCCGAGUACAAGCGUUUUCACCAGAACCACUCGUAAACCUGUGGAUAUUGGAAAUGAAGGAAAGGCAUGUUACAAUAGAAAAGGGUCGUGUAGGAUCGAAGGUUGCCUAGGAAAAAAAUACAGCGAUACAAAUAAUAAUUGUGGAGGUUUAAAUUGUUGUGCAGAAAUCCAAUUCGAACUAGAAACAGAGCCUCCGGUUGAUCCAGUUCCAUGUAAUUCUAUUGGUGGAAAAUGUAUGCUGGAUGGAAAUUGUCAUAAGAAAACUGAUUUCCCAGCUUACGACUGUGAACAAAAUGAAGUAUGUUGUUUAACUACUGCACAGGGAGUGGAGGGAGGUUCCGGGUCAGAUGAACUUAUAAAAGAUUGCGGAUAUCGGAAUGAGAACGGAGUAAAGUUCGGAACGACCGGUCGUGAGGAUGGUGAAUCGCAGUUCGGUGAGUUCCCUUGGAUGGUUGCCAUUAUGGUCAAUGAAAAGGGUAAGGUUAGAUUUACCUGUGGUGGCUCACUGAUCGAUCCAGAAAUAGUGCUAACUUCCGCCGAAUGUGUUAAAUCGUUCAGAAGGACACCAGACAAGUUGAUUGUUCGUGCUGGUGAAUGGGACAUGGGCAGCACCAGAGAACCGAUUCCCCAUGAAGAACGCCGGGUGACCAAGAUCAAAAGUCAUCCCGAUUUUAAAGCCAGUACUUUGGUUAACAAUAUUGCUCUAUUGUUCUUGGAUGACAAGUUUGAUCAAGGCUCAACAAUAAACACCGUUUGUCUUCCUCCUCAGAACUUUGUCAUCGAUAACGGUGAAGUUAUUGCUACUGGCUGGGGUUCCACUCCACAGGAUCGCACAAACUAUCAACAAAUUCUCAAGAGCAUCGACUUGCAGUACGUCCAACGAUCUGAAUGUGAACGAGUUCUUCGCAAGGGUACGAAAAAUCGUAGCUUCAAAUUACAUCGCAGCUUCAUUUGUGCAGGGGGUGUGGCUGGUUUUGACACGUGUAUAGGGGAUGCAGGAUCACCGAUAGUGCAUCUAGUUCCACAUGAUUUUGAAUUUCGUUAUUACGCCGUUGGUAUGGUGUCCUGGGGCGUAGGAUGCGGUAGGGCUGGCAUGCCUGCCGCUUACACUGACAUCGCAUUCUUUAGGGACUGGAUUGAUAAUGAAAUGGAGCAGGAAGGUUUGCAUGCUCAUUAUUACACAUACACCAAACAAGAAGAAGACGAGGAUGAACAAUAAGAUUAUACGCAAUUAUUUACU